CCCGCCUCUUCCUUUUCCUCUCAGCGUCUGCGUGCGCGAAGCUGCAGCUUCUCCUUUUCUCUCCAGCCUCCAUCUUGGAUCGGAGCGUGACGGCACAGGUAGAACCAUGCAGCUCUUCAUUCGUGCUCAGAAUCUACACACCCUUGAGGUGUCCGGGCAAGAAACAGUUGCUCACCUUAAGGCCUGCAUAGAGUCCUUGGAAGGCAUCACGCCUGAGGACCAGGUGGUUCUCUUAGGCGGGACUCCCCUGGAAGAUGGUGCCAUCAUUGGGCAGUGCGGCAUCAGCGACCUCACAACGCUGGAGGUUGCUGCACGCAUGCUGGGUGGUAAGGUCCAUGGCUCCCUGGCUCGUGCCGGCAAAGUGAGAGGCCAGACCCCAAAGGUUGCUAAGCAAGAGAAGAAGAAGAAGAAGACCGGCCGGGCCAAGAGGCGCAUGCAGUACAACCGCCGCUUCGUCAACAUUGUGCCCGGCUUUGGCAAGAAGAAGGGGCCCAAUGCCAACUCCUAGACAGCGCCCAGCGAUCUAAUAAAUCUGAUAUUUGCUUCAA